AUGUCGGAUAAUAUGCAGAUUGACUUGCCAUCGCCUCAGGACAUCGAUGAAGGGCUAUACUCCCGUCAAUUAUACGUCUUGGGUAAAGAAGCUAUGCUUAAAAUGCAGAAUGCCAAUGUCUUGAUUAUUGGCUUGAACGGGUUAGGCAUUGAAAUUGCAAAGAAUAUAGCUCUUGCAGGAGUCAAGUCCUUGAGUUUGUAUGACCCACACCCUAUUGAGCUAAAGGAUUUGUCGACCCAGUUCUUCUUGUCUGAGUCGGAAAUUGGCCAACCUACAGAUAGAGUCAGUGCAGCCAAAUUGGCGGAAUUGAACUCGUACGUGCCAAUUGGCGUUGUUGAUAACAUUGAUAAGGAAACAUUGCUCAAGUUCAAGUGUAUAGUUUCAACGAAUAUCUCCUUGGAGGAGCAAGUCAAAAUUGACCAAAUAACCCACGCCAAUGACAUUGGAUACAUCAAUGGUGAUAUUCGGGGUUUAUUUGGGCAGAUAUUUGUUGAUUUCGGUGAAAAGUUUACUAUUGUUGACCAACGCGGAGAAGAACCAUUGACGGGAAUUGUAUCUGAUAUUGAAAAAAACGGCACUGUAUCUAUGUUGGAUGAAAGUAGACACGGUCUAGAGGACGGCGAUUAUGUAAAGUUCACAGAAGUACAGGGAAUGCCCAAAUUGAAUGAUGGAACCCCACAUAGAGUAGAAGUAUUGGGUCCAUAUGCUUUUAAAAUCGAGAUUGAUGAAAGUUAUGGGGAAUAUCAAAGAGGUGGGCAAUAUACACAAGUUAAAGUGCCAAAGGAUGUUAAAUUCGAACCACUACUUGAACAAUUGAAAAAUCCAGAAUAUUUGAUUUCGGAUUUUGCUAAAUUCGAUAGACCCGGACAAUUGCAUAUUGGUUUCCAGGCGCUUCAUGCGUUUAGAAGCAAACACAAUGGACAAUUACCUUCUCCAUACAAUGAAGAAGAUGCCACUGAAGCUUUUAGAUAUGCCGAAGAAUUGGCUACUCAAAAUAAAAACAUUGUUGAACAAUUAGAUGAAAAGUAUUUAAAGGAGUUGUUUUAUCAAGCUCAAGGUGACAUUCCAGGUGUGGUUGCAUUUUUUGGUGGUUUGAUUGCACAAGAAGUUUUGAAAUGUUGCUCUUCUAAAUUUACACCAAUAAAGCAAUGGCUAUAUUUUGAUUCAUUGGAGUCAUUACCUUCAGGAAAAGAUUUCCCAAGAAAUGCCGAAAACAACAAACCUAUUGGAUCAAGGUACGACGGACAGAUUGCCGUUUUUGGAAAGGCAUUUCAGGAAAAGAUUUCAAACUUGAAAGUGUUUUUGGUUGGUGCUGGUGCUAUUGGAUGUGAGAUGUUGAAGAAUUGGGCGAUGAUGGGUUUAGGGUCUGGACCAAAUGGUAAAAUUGUUAUCACUGAUAACGACUCAAUUGAGAAAUCAAAUUUGAACCGUCAAUUUUUAUUCAGACCAAAAGAUGUUAAUAAAAAUAAGUCGGAUGUAGCUGCUCGUGCCGUUCAACUAAUGAAUCCUGCCUUGAAAGGUAAAAUAGUAUCAAAGUUGGACAAAGUCGGCCCGGAAACUGAAAAUGUUUUUGAUGAUAAAUUCUGGAACGAUUUGGAUAUUGUUACUAAUGCGUUGGAUAACAUUGAAGCUAGAGAGUAUGUUGAUCGUCGUUGUAUCUUCCACAAGAAGCCAUUGUUGGAAUCGGGUACUUUGGGUACAAAAGGUAACACCCAAGUUAUUGUCCCAAAUUUGACAGAGUCGUACUCGUCUUCCCAUGAUCCACCAGAAAAAUCUAUCCCCUUGUGUACCUUGAGAUCGUUUCCAAGUAAGAUCGACCAUACAAUUGCCUGGGCCAAAUCCUUAUUUCAAGGCUACUUUGUUGAAUCUCCCGAAAGUGUUAACUUGUACUUGAGUCAACCAAAUUUUGUUGAGCAGAGUUUGAAGCAAAACACGGAUAAGAAAGGAACUUUGGAGAAUAUCUCAAAUUACUUGAACAAACGCCCUUAUGACUUUGACGAUUGUAUAAGAUGGGCAAGACUUGAAUUUGAAGCAAAAUUCAAUCACGAUAUCAAGCAAUUGCUUUACAAUUUCCCACCUGAUGCCAAGACUUCCUCUGGAGAACCAUUUUGGUCGGGACCAAAGAGAGCACCCAAACCAUUAGAGUUUGACAUCAACAAUAAGGAUCAUUUGGACUUUAUUGUUGGGGGAGCUAAUUUAUUAGCGUUUAUUUAUGGGUUAAAAGAACCAAACGUUUCAAUAGAAGAAUAUAAAAAGGCUUUGCAGAAUUUGGAAAUCCCAGAAUUUAAACCCAAAUCAGGUGUUUCCAUUGCGACUACCGAGGCAGAAGCAGAGGAGCAAGCCAACCGGUUAUCAGGUUCAUUUGAUGAUGAUGAAAUUCGUAAAAUAGCCGCUUCGUUACCAGAGCCAAGCACUUUGGCUGGCUAUAGAUUAAGCCCAAUAGAAUUUGAAAAAGAUGACGAUACUAAUCAUCACAUUGAAUUUAUUACGGCUGCUUCAAACUGUAGAGCUUUGAACUAUGGUAUUGAAACAGUUGACGCGCACAAAACCAAGUUUAUUGCGGGUAAGAUCAUUCCUGCAAUUGCCACAACUACUGCAUUGGUCACCGGGUUGGUUUGUUUGGAAUUGUACAAGGUAGUGGAUGAAAAAGAUGAUAUUGAACAAUACAAGAAUGGAUUCAUCAAUUUGGCUUUGCCGUUUAUUGGAUUCUCUGAACCAAUAAAAUCUGCAAAAGGAAAAUACGGUAAGAAAGAAUUUGACACUGUGUGGGAUCAAAUCGUAAUUGAGGAUGAUAUUACUUUACAAGAAUUAUUAGACCGGUUCCAGAACGAAGAUGGAUUGGAAAUUUCGAUUUUAUCCUAUGACGUAGUUGUAUUGUACGCUUCGUUCUUCCCAGCUAAAAAGAAUCAAGAAAGAUUAGGUUUGACAAUUUCAGAAGUGAUUAAAAAAGUGAGCAAAAAGGAAAUUCCUUCACAUGUUAAGUACUUGGUUCUUCAAGCAUGUUGUGAAGAUGAAAACGGCGAGGAUGUUGACAUUCCUCCAAUCAGUGUAAAGUACUCGCCAUAA